UCUGUAAUAUUUGACAAUGCAUUAGUAACAAAAAUUUAGGAAUUGAUCUGUCAUCUUAUGGGAUGAAAGAUUGAAAAUGAGAGUUUGUACAUUCAUUGUCAAUUACUUCUGAUUUGUAUUUUAGAUUCUUAAAUUUUAUAUGUUCGUUAUAACAAGUUAAAUCGUUGUAUUUCACUCUUCUAUUUUUAUCGAUUCAAUGACUUAGGUUCUUAUCUUACGUGUAACUUUAUAUUCAGUAAUUAAAAACAUGUCCAUACGCAUCGAAACAUAUACGUCAAAUUGUUUAAAUUUUCGCGCGAUUUCGCGACGUCACGAAGACCAAUGUUCUCUGGUACCGGAAUUACAAAUCGACGUGAACCAAGAUAAUGGUCUUCCGUCGCGUGAUCCGCCUCGUACUGAUUUAACCUGAUCGCCGAUUUUCAAAACUUUAUCAUCCCGAUGAGAUGACGAGGUGUUGAGUGUAUAAAUCGUGAAAACUGUCGAAUUCUCAUAGAAAGCGGCCAAUUCUAAGUGCAAACAUGCGUCCUCUCUGUUGGUAAAUGAGUAUAUUUACCGAGUGCGAAAAUGGCCCAGGAUACUGACGAUAUCAACUUGACUCCUCAGGAAUUACAAAUACUAUCUGAAUUAGACAGUCGACAAUUUGGAUUUUUAAAAUUAAAUUCACCGGAGCAAACAAAGAAGAAGGCCUUAGUUGUUCGUGCAAUUAAAUAUUUAGAAAGGAUGCUAGUCCAAGCGCAAGCUGAGAAGCAACGCAGAAAAGCAGAUAGUACAAAAAUAAAUCCUGAUGAAUUAAAAGACGAUGAUGAAGAUAAAGGAAUUAGCAUUGAUCCUAAAACGUAUUGUAAACUGGGACAUUUUCACUUACUUUUAGAAGAUUACAGUAAAGCCAUGUCGGCGUAUCAAAAAUUUUAUUCCUUGAAAGGAGAUUAUUGGAAAGAUGCUUCAUUUUUGUAUGGUCAAGGGCUUGUCUACUACCACUUCAAUGCUUUUCAAUGCCUGGAGCACAGCAAGUUUAUCGACAUUGGUACUUGUGACGUCGCGAUUUGCGGUGGCAGCGCCCCGGACAGGUCCGCGCCUCCGCGAGCUGUGACGUCAUUGGGUAGCGGGCGAACGUUCGGCCAAUGAGCGCGUGCCACGUCAUCGCCCGCCUCCGCUCUUCGGCAACGGCGGAGACGGCUAGUCACGUGACGUCACCAGAGACGACACGACGGUCUCCACGAGUUGAAUGACCCCUACAAGCCAAGUUCAAUACACCGACGAGGAAAGACACGACCCGUGGACCUGCGGAGUCCACACGACCAUAGUUCCUUCGUUGCUCGCCGUUUCGUCCGUGCUUGGCCGGAGGGAAGCCCGGAGUCUUCCUUCUACUGCGUUCCGCGUGUUCAGUCGCGUUCGGCUACGCUCGGGUCGUGUCGGUUCGGCUCGGCUUUCUCGAAUCGCGGAGUCGUUUGGCCCGUCGAUUCCCCGGCCAGCUCGCAUUCGAUCCGGAGGGAACG